AUGGUGAAGGGUGUGGCUGGAGUUGUGUUAUUUAGAUUGAAGAAGAAGGGUUUGACGGAGCCUGAUUCUCGGCCGCAUGUAAAUAUCGUGUUUAUUGGUCAUGUGGACGCGGGGAAGUCAACGACGUGUGGUAACAUUUUAUGUUUGACGGGUCAGGUUGAUGCGCGGACUAUGGAGAAGUAUGAGAAGGAGGCGAUUGACAACAAUCGUGAGUCAUGGUACUUUGCAUACGUGAUGGAUGUGAACGAGGAGGAGCGUGAGAAGGGUAUCACGACGGAGGUGGGUCGUGCAGGGUUUGAGUUCAAGACCCGUCGGUUUACUAUUUUAGAUGCACCUGGACACAAAUCAUUUGUUCCGGAAAUGUUGGCGGGCGCGUCUCAGGCUGACAUUGGCGUUUUGAUCAUUUCAGCCCGGAAGGGAGAGUUCGAAUCGGGUUUUGAGCGUGGCGGACAGACACAGGAGCAUGCGUUGUUGGCGAAGACACUGGGUGUAAACUAUCUCAUUGUAGCGGUAAACAAGAUGGACGAGCCAUCGGUGAACUGGAGUAAGGAGCGGUAUACUCAAAUUGUGGAUGCCUUCUCACCUUUCCUAAAAUCUUGCGGUUUCAAUGUGAAUAAAGAUGUCAAGUUCAUCCCAGUUAGCGCGCUGAACACGCAGAAUUUAAACACACGUGUGUCUGACCCUGAAUCGCCCAACUAUGACGCUCGCGCCGCCUGGUGGCCUAAGGAAGAACUGUGUUUGUUCGAACUGCUUGAACAAUGCCCCAUUCCCCCCCGGUCUGAUAAGGCACCCCUCCGUGUCCCUCUUCUCGCGGGAUACAGAGAUAACGGCAUCGUAGCCGUAGGGAAGGUCGAAGGAGGUGUCGCUAUCGUAGAACAACCAGCAUUGAUCAUGCCCAACAACAUCAAGGUAAAAAUUACCGGGGUCAAAGUCGGUGAAGAAACCGAAUUUGCUUACGCCAAGGGAGGUGAGAAUGUCGAACUGCGACUCACGGGAGUGGACGAAGAGGUGUUGAAGAAAGGCUGCGUUCUAUGCUCCAUUAACGAUCCGAUUCCCGUUACCGAAUACAUCGAAGUUCAAAUGGUCCUAGUCGAUAUGCUCGAACACAAACCACUUAUGACUGCCGGCUACAGAGCAAUUUUCCACGCUCACACCAUGAGCGAAGAAUGUGAGAUCGUCAGCAUCGUAGAAACUAUGGACAAAGCUUCCAAGAAAAAAACAAGGAAACCUGCCUUCGCCAAAGCCGGCCAAGUCGUUACCUGCAGAAUUCGACUCGACUCUACACAGGCUCUAGAAAUCUUCCCAGAUAACCCCCAACUCGGACGCUUCACUCUCCGAGAUGAAGGCAAAACCAUCGCCAUUGGCAAAAUCAUGAAAAUCAAAAAAAUUUAG